GGCGGCGCAUGCGCCCUGCGUCCGGUGACGUCAUCGCGGCGGCGGCGGCUUCAGCACCGCGGACCCCGAACCCCGAACCCCGCGAAUCCUCGAACCCCGAACCCCGGGCACCGAACUCCUACGCGCCCGCCGCGGCCCCGCCUCGAACCCCGCGCACAUCCUCGAACCCCGGACCCCGGGACACCGAACUCCUACGCGCCCGCCGCGGCCCCGCCUCGAACCCCGCGCGCCUCGUCGAACCCCGGACCCCGGGGCACCGAACUCCUACACGCCCGCCGCGGCCCCACCGCGAACCCCCGCGAAUCCUCGAACCCCGGACCCCGGCCCCGCGCGUCCUCGAACCCCGGACCCCGGGCACCGAACUCCUACGCGCCCGCCGCGGCCCCUCCUCGAACCCCCGCGCGCACAUCCUCGAACCCCGGACCAUGAACUACCUGCGGCGCCGCCUGUCGGACAGCAACUUCAUGGCGAAUCUGCCGAACGGGUACCUGGGAGACCCGGCCGUGACCCCGGCCCCGGUGACCCCGGCCGCAUCCGGGUCCUCCGCGGCCGCCAUGACCGCCGCCAUGACUUCCACAUCCGGGUCCUCCGCCGGGACCGCCACAUCCGGGUUCUUCUCGUCGCUGUCGCAGGCGGUGAAGCAGACAUUCGGCGACCAGGGGGCCGGGGGCGGGGCCGGCGGAGGGGGCGGGGCCGGCGGCACGCGGGUGCUGCUGGUCGUGGACAGGCCGCACACGGAGUGGGCCAAGUACUUCAAGGGGAAGAAGAUCCACGGCGACGUCGACAUCAAAGUCGAGCAGGCCGAGUUCUCGGACCUGCACCUGGUGGCGCGCGGCGGGGGCGUUGGCGGCGCCGGGUUCUCGGUGGCCGUGGAGUCGCUGCGGAAUGGGGUCCGGGCGGUGAGGUCCGUGCGCCCCGACUUCGUGCUCGUCCGCCAGCCCCCCGUCCCCGCCCCCGCCCCCACCUCCUCCUCGAACCCCGGGCGCCGCGGCGGCGACUUCCGCAGCCUGGUCAUCGGCCUGCAGUACGCGGGCGUCCCCAGCGUCAACUCCCUGCACUCCGUCUACAACUUCUGCGACAAACCCUGGGUGUUCGCCCAGAUGCUCCGCCUGCGCAGGACGCUCGGCGCCGAGGACGAAUUCCCGCUCAUCGCGCAGACUUUCUACCCCAGCCACAGGGAGAUGGUCAGCAGCGCCUCGUUCCCCGUGGUCGUGAAGAUGGGGCGCGCGCACGCCGGGACGGGCAAGGUCCGGGCCGACUCCCCGCCCGCCUUCCGCGACACCGCGGGCCUGGUCGCGCUCUCCCGCUCCUACGCCACCGCCGAGCCGUUCGUCGACGCCAAGUACGACGUCCGCGUGCAGAAGAUCGGGCGCAGCUACCGGGCCUACAUGCGGACGUCGCUGUCUGGGAACUGGAAGAGCAGCGCGGGCUCGGCCGUCCUGGAGCAGAUCGCCGUGUCAGACCGGUACAAGCUGUGGGUGGACACGUGCGCCGAGAUUUUCGGGGGCCUCGACAUCUGCGCGGUGGAGGCGCUGCACGGCACGGACGGGCGCGACCACAUCAUCGAGGUCGUGGGCUCCUCCAUGCCGCUUGUGGGCGACCACCAGGACGAGGACCGGAUCCUCAUCGCCGACCUCGUGCUCCACAAGAUGGCGCAGGCACUGCCCCGGGCGCCACGGCAACCGCGGGAGGUCGCGACCCCAGCGCGGGGCCAGGCCCCGCCCCCCGUGGCCCCGCCCUCCGGCCGCCCGAGCUCCCAGCAGCCCCUGGGGCCCCCGGCUGCGCCGCGCCCGACCCCGCAGGGGGGCCCCCCCCAGCCCGGCCCCCCGCGCCCCCCGCCGACCUCGGGGGGGCUCGCGCCCCAAACGGGCAUCCCCCCGCCUCAGCUCUUACCCAGUCCCCCGGCGGCGAUGACGACGACCCCGGGUCAAGGCCGCCAAUCCCGGCCUCAGGCUCCGCCCGCCAAGGGGUCGGGGGUCGCGGUGACCCAGAAGCCCCCGGGGCCCGCGGUGACCCAGAAGCCCCCGGGGCCCGCGGUCACCCAGAAGCCCCCGGGGCCGGCCGUUACCCAGAAGCCCCCGGGGCCCGCGGUUACCCAGAAGCCCCCGGGGCCCGCGGUGACCCAGAAGCCCCCGGGGCCCGCGGUGACCCAGAAGCCCCCGGGGCCCGCGGUUACCCAGAAGCCCCCGGGGCCCACCGUUACCCAGAAGCCCCCGGGGCCCGCGGUUACCCAGAAGCCCCCGGGGCCCCGCCCCGCGCCGCCGCCCACCACCCAGCAGCCCCGGCCCAGCAAACCCCAGCUCAAAGCGCAGGCGCAGCCGUAGCCGGGGACGCGACGGAGGCCGAGAGCGGAGGUCGCUGUGCGCGGCCUCGAACCCCGGACCGAACCCCGGAUCCUCCCCCCCGCAUCCCGACACAAACCCCGUCGCGGGCGUCCAGGGUGCGAGUCCCCGAAC